UGGCACACACAUAGGGGUAACCGUCCCGGCUACUAUGAAAGGAAGAUACCGAUCAAGGUUGGGUGAUAUAGAUACAAAUGUGUUAGGUGUGUGUGCACCUGACAUGCAGUUCAUUUACAUACUACCUGGUUGGGAGGGUUCUGCACAUGAUGGUCGUGUUCUUAGAGAUGCCAUCUCAAGGCCAAAUGGGCUCCAUGUCCCUGAAGAUCAAUAUUAUCUUGUUAAUGCUGGUUACACAAAUGCGAGAGGAUUUUUAGCUCCAUACCGUGGUCAAAGAUAUCACUUGGGUGGUUGGACACCACAGAAUCCACCUCGUAGUGCUGAGGAGUAUUACAACAUGCGGCACGCUAGAGCCCGAAAUAUUGUAGAAAGGUCUUUCGGAAGACUCAAGGGUCAGUGGGCGAUUUUGAGGUCCCCGUCCUUUUUUCCUAUGAAGACCCAAUGUCGAAUCAUCAUGGCAUGUGCACUCUUGCACAAUUUGAUCUUGCAAAAUAUGCCACUUGACCCACUUGAUAAUGACGAGCAAUAAUGCAAGAAACAUUGGAAGGCAUGGAGGGAGAAUUAGGCCAACCAGAAUUCAUUACUUCUAUCUCAACUUCGAACGAGUGGACAAAUUUCCGGAAUGUUCUUGCACAGGACAUGUAUAAUAGACAUAGGGCUGCUAGGAGUCAUUGAGAUAUGGAUGUGGACACCUCAAGUACGUCUCGUGGAAGAGGCAAGAAUAAAAGGAAGUGGACUUCAGAUGAGGAUGAUGAACUUAUUAAAGCCUUGUAUGAGCUGUCCUUGGACCCAAGGUGGAAGGCAGAUGGUAGCUUCAAAAAUGGAUACCUGGUGAUAUUGGAGAAGCACCUUUCUGAAAAGUGCCCUAGUUGUGGUAUCUCUGCAAUUCCGCACAUUGAGUCAAGAGUGAGGCACUUUAGGACAAAAUUUGGUGCUCUUGAAGUAAUGUUAUCCAAAAGUGGUUUCACAUGGGAUGGAAACCGGAAGAUGAUUCAAUGUGAGAAGGCACUGUAUGAAGCACAUUGUAAGAUUCAUAGUGAGGCAAAGGGAUUGUAUGGUGUCCCAUUUCCAUACUUUGAGCAGUUGGCUGCUAUUUAUGGCAAGGACAUAGCAACUGGAGAAAAUGCUGAAGGCUUUGGUGAGGCAGUGGGUAACUUGGAAAAUGAAAUUGCUAUGGAAGAAGAGGAACACGAGGAAGAGGACUUGAUCUCAACAGGGACAUCUAGACGGUCUGUCGAUACUCGCUCUAUGGAUGGAACUAGUUCCAAGAGGCAGAUGAAGGAACCAAGGCCAAAGAGGGUGACGGGACCAAGUGAUCCGUUUGCAGCGAUGCUUCAAGAUGUCAAUAGACAGCUGAACAAUGUGACACAAUAUGUGGGUACAAUGGUAGCAUCAUUGUCAGCAUCAAUGGCACGAGAAGCAGCACAAGAGGAUCCUCAGCAGAAAUCAAAAGAGAAGGCUAUUAGUGAAUUGGCUAGGCUUAGCUUUACCGGGAGCGAGAUCGUUGAGGCUGUAACCGUAUUUGCUAAAGCUCUAGAUCAGAUGAACAUGAUGCUUACACUUCCAGAAAAUCUGAGGAGGGAGUAUGUCCUAAAAAUGCUCUCCGAUGAGAAAAAGAAGCACGGUUGAUUAGAAAAGAUCGGUGGUGUGGCUGAUCAAAGGAAUGGUCGAUGGAAAAGCUAUUUUGCAAGAUUCUGAAAUUGGCCUUUGGACUUGCCUUACAAAAUAAUUUUGGGGACUAAUUAUGUAAUUUAUGUUGAAUUGUUGUUGAAGUCUGAGUUUGUAUUAAUGAGUUAAUAUGCAUUUUAGAAGUGGUGUCAAAAUCUGGUUAAAGGAUGUCUUGGGUGAAUGCAAAAAUAUUUUUAAAUUAUGUACUUAUUUGAUGAGUUUGAAUCUGUGCUAGUGAAGCACCUGUGAAAACCUUGUCAA